AGAUGCAAAGUACCUAAAACUACUGGGCUUUAUUUUUUUUUUUAAGGUUGGAAUUGCAGCAUGCCAAAUUGCAAGAGCUUAUGGCUUAACGGUUUUGGGCACAGCUAGUACUGAGGAAGGACAAAAGAUUGUUUUGCAAAAUGGAGCCCACAAAGUGUUUAAUCACAAAGAAGCUAAUUAUAUUGAUAAAAUUAAGAAAUCUGUUGGUGAAAAAGGAGUUGAUGUGAUUAUUGAAAUGUUGGCUAAUGUAAAUCUUAGUAAUGAUUUGAAUCUUUUGUCACAUGGAGGACGAGUAAUAGUUGUUGGCAGCAGAGGCACUAUUGAAAUAAACCCACGGGACACCAUGACAAAGGAAUCUAGCAUAAAAGGAGUUACUCUGUUUUCAUCCACCAGGGAGGAAUUUCAGCAGUUUGCAGCAGCCCUUCAAGCCGGAAUGGAAAUUGGUUGGUUGAAACCAGUAAUAGGUCCCCAGUAUCUACUGGAGAAGGCUACCCAGGCUCAUGAAAAUAUCAUUCAUAGCAGUGGAGCUAUUGGAAAAAUGAUUCUUCUCUUAAAAUGAUCAAUCCUUCCAUUGAUUUCUUGUGUAAUUAGAGGUUUCAUAUCUCAGUCUUAUAUACACUGUGUUUGCUCUACUUAGCAUUCAUUUGAUUCAGUGAGUUUCUUAACAUUUAAAAAAAAGGUUUUUCUUUAGUGAUCAUAAGCAUUGAAGUACUGUUUAUUUUAUAGCUGGCAACUUUCUUUAUGCCUUCUGCUUCUCAUCAAGGAAUCAUUGUAGUAGGAAAUAGGAUGUUAGUGGUCACUUGGCAUUGGAGGACAUUACAGAAAUUCCUAACCGAUACUCAUCAUUAAUCCAUACCUUUGACUAAAACAUACUAAUUCAAAAUAGGACUGCUUGAUUUCCAAGCCUACUUCUCCUUAUAAAGGUUCUUUAAUCUCUUAUUAGCCCAGAACUAUAUUGGACUCUGAUGAUUCUCUGGAAUAAAUGAGACCCCUUGGCCAAACUAAUCUCACCUAAAUCUACAAGUCUCUCAGAAAGGCAAGAUAAACAGUGUCCAGAGAAAUUUGUUAUUUUUCCAAUAUUCCCAAUAUUUUAAGAUAUUUACUAGGUUAAUUAGCCACAUAUUCUGUGAGAACAGCAGCUUUCUCUCUGCUAUAAUGAUACUGGGUGCAUAGUUUCCAAAUAGAAAUGUAUUGAUUGAUUCAACUUCAAAGUAAAUUUAGAAUUAUCUCUUUGUGUGAUUGGGAUCAUAGAUUUUUAUUUAAAUUAGUCAAAUUAGAUGCAUUAAGAAUGAUAUGCUUUUGUUAUUAUAACAUGGUGAUUGCAAUAAAUUCUAGAGGCAAUUGAAAA